AUGCUUGGACCCAGUGAUCACGCCCAGAGUAUUGGAUGGGGUGAGGCCGAGCAAAAGAUUUUGGGAAUGCGGUGGCAGCCAGCCACGGACGACUUCAGGUUUCGAGUGAAGUACCACAAAGUCGCCCCCGUCGUGUCCGAUGGGAAGAGAAUUGCCACAAAAAAGGAAUUCUUGAGUAUGGUCAUGUCAACGUUUGACCCCUUGGGAUUCCUGUGUUGUCUAAUGAUAACAGCGAAGUUGUUGUUGCGAGAGGUCUGGAGAAGGAAGAUCUCAUGGGAUGAACCACUACCGGCUGAGAUGUACAACGCCUUUAUGGAUUGGCAAAAAGAGAUGGAGAAAGUGGAACGUUUUCGGUGCCCACGUCACUACUUUGGAUCCGGGCUGGUGAAGACUGUCGAGAUGCACGUAUUUGUGGAUGCGAGUCAGUCGGCAUUCGCAUCAGUGGUCUACUGGAGGAUCACGUACGAGGACGGCGACGUGCAAGUGAGGUUCGUGUGCGCAAAGACGAAGUGUGCACCGAUGCGAACGAUGACGAUUCCACGGUUGGAGCUGCAGGCAGCAGUUCUAGGAACGAGGUUGAUGGACACAGUCAAACAGGACCAUAGUGUGGCCAUUGCAGAGACUGUGCUAUGGACGGAUUCGAAGACAGUGCUGCGUUGGAUUGGCAGCACACACCGGCGCUACAAGCAGUUCGUAGGGAACAGAGUAGCCGAGAUUCUGGAGUCGACGAAGGUGGCUCAAUGGAGAUGGCUACCAUCCGCCGACAACGUGGCAGAUGAUGCAACUCGAGCGCAACGCAGCGUGGACCUAAGCGAGGAGUCACGCUGGUUAAGAGGACCGGCAUUCCUGAGGAGACCAGCGGGCAGCUGGCCAGGAACUGCACCCACCGACGAAGCGGAUGCAGUAGACGAAGAGGAGAUGCCGGGUGAGUUCGUGCUUGUUGGCGCGAGUGACCCGUUUAUAUCGCUGGAGAGAUUCUCAAGCUACAGGCGAUUGCUGAGGACUACGGCCUGGGUCCUAAGGUUCAUACGUCGAUGCCGUGGACAACGAGACGAGCUGGAGAACUACGGCCUCAAUGUAGCUGAGUGUGAAGCAGCUGAGGACUUGUUAUUCCGUAGAGCACAACGUGAGGCAUUCCCCGAUGAGGUGCAGGCCGCAGAGAAGGACUUGGACGUUGCUAAAGGAAGCGACAUAUGUGGACUGGCGCCAUACCUAGAUGGCAAUGGAAUCCUGCGAGCGUAUGGCAGGAUCGAUGCGGCGCUAUGUAUACCUUACAGCGCCAGGAGGCCAGUGAUCCUCUCCCACCGGCAUGGUCUCACGGAGAUGAUUGUGCGCGACGCCCAUGUGAGGAUGAAGCAUCAAAACGUGGAUGCUACGAUGGCGGAGAUCCGGACCAGGUUCUGGAUUACGAGACUGCGGAGAGUGCUUCGUAAUGUGAUCUCGGGAUGCAGCGAGUGUAAGCUGCACAGAGCACGGCCGAUGCCGCCGAUUAUGGGACCCCUGCCAGAUGAUCGUUUGGACGCCUAUGGCUGGCCGUUUAAGAGCACAGGCCUCGACUACUUUGGGCCGCUGCUCGGCACCAAGAGAAACGGGCCUGUACAUAGACUGCGCAGCGACAAUGGCAGGAACUUCGUUGGAGCAGACAGAGAGGCCAAGAGAUUUGCGGAGAUCUUCGAACCCGAGAGGAUCCAGUCGGAGCUGUCAAGCAAGGGAAUUGAGUGGAUCUUCAACUGCCCAGCGAACCCAUCAGAGGGUGGAGUCUGGGAGCGAAUGGUGCAGUGCGUGAAGAGGGUGCUACGCCACACAGUGAAGGAAGUGGCGCCGAAGGAGCACGUCCUGGAGAGUUUCCUGAUAGAGGCGGAGAAUGUCGACCAGGAAGCCCCUCUCACGCCCAACGAUCUCCUCAAAGGAGCAGCUUGCCCACCGGAUACCCCCGGCCUGGAUGGAGGCAUCGUCAAGGAAGGAGCUACGCGGAAGCAGUGGCGCGUGGCAAGGAUGUUGAGAGACCGAUUCUGGAGGAGGUGGGUCUUGGAGUACCUACCCACGCUGACACGGAGAGAGAAGUGGUGCCGCAGAGAGAAGCCAAUUCAACGAGGAGACAUUGUCUUCGUUUGCGAUCCAGCCAUUCCGCGUCGAGACUGGCGGAAACGCGUCGUGGAGGAGACCUUUGCUGGAACGGAUGGUGAGGUCAGACGAGCCCGCGUUAGGAUCAUGGAUGGAGAUCGGACCCGCUGGAUAAUGCGCCCCGCUUCAAAGUUGGCGGCUUUGGAUUUGAGUGAAGAAGUUCUUCACGGAGUUAGAGAGUUGCCGGAACACGCUGGAGUGUGGGACAUCGACCAGAGUUACAUUGGAAUCGCAGUCAGACGACUAGCGAUAUUGGUGACUGGCGUUAGUGGCAUUUGGCUCCCACUUGUAUGGACGCCGCAACUGGAUGGCAGCGCAUUGGUCUCGCAACCAAGUGCAGGGGCGUCGAAAGAUGGCGGCCGAGGCAGUGAUGCCAAGUGUUUCUCGUGCGCCGUCAGGGAGACUGCCAUGUUGGAGCAGAUCUCAAACGGUACCGUGCACAGUUUCGCCGAGCUCUACCACGGCACCACGGUUCCAGCGCAUGGUUUCGGGCUACUUAAUAAGGUGGCCACCGAAACAUCUGUACGAGCGCCAUCUACUGGGGACGGUGCUUGGGCGAUGACUGUUAGAGGAACCAAAAACUGGGCGCUACAAAAGCUUCCCGAGCUGCCUACGUUCGGAGGAAAGCCAGAGGAUUGGCCCAUCUUCUAUUGCGAGUUUACGGAAACGACGCAAGCGUAUAGUUGUACGGACUUGGAGAACAACUAA